AUGGAAAGGCAACUUCACGACGAAGGCAUUCCCCUCGCCGCCGCUCAACUUCGACCCGAUGGAGAAGUUCCUGUCUUAAGCAAUUCCUUUGAAGACCUCAGAUGCAAAAUCUUCAAAGUAGAUUUUGGAGACGAGAGCUGGGCCAUCCGCGUACCAAAUAUAUCUGAAGACUCACUAGAACUCAGAAUUCACCUCCUUGAGGCUGAAGUGAGUACGCUCACCGAGCUCGAGGAACAGGGAUUCCAAUGGGCUCCGAAGCUCAAGGGCUACGAUUUCACAUUCGAAAAUCCUAUCAGACGUCCUUUUAUUGCUGUGACCUGGUUACCAGGCAAUCAGCUCGCAUGGUCUGACGACACUCCAGCACGGCCUAUUCGGGAUAAGAUACUUCAACAACUCGCCAAAAUACAAGCAGCAUUGAUCGAAUGUUCACAGGAGAAGAGAGCUACUACCGCGACGGAACACUAUGCAGGGGUAAUCCAAAACAAGAUUAUCCGAAUCCGUGACGGAACGCUUCCAGAGCUCACAGAGCAAGAUGUCUCCGAUCAACUGAGCCUCCUACCGACUGUCCUUCUACCCGAAGUCGAUGAUACAUCCUGGGCAAUCGAUCACAGCGAACUUGUAGCGGAGAAUAUCCUCAUAGAUGCCGAGCACAACAUCACAGGUAUCACUACCUGGGACCUCGCUUCGAAGAUGCCCUUGCAGCAAGCAGCUAGUUUUCCCGCUAUUCUCCUCUAUCAGGACUUGGCUGUACCACCGAGCUCCACCAUCAAAAAGGAUCAGGAAACAUAUACUGCGUCAAUCUCGCAGGAAUCGCCGGCUGGGGAAUCAAUGGCGAUUGUGCAAUCUUCGAAAGAGGCGGACUUUCGCGUUGCGUUUUUGGAAUCUAUCACUAGCAAGGGGACCCAUCGAGAGAUGGCGCGUAAUGGGUGGAGGAAAGCUCCUGCUUUUCAAAAAUAG